ACAAACUGCAGAGCGAACUCAAAAAUUCGAACUCACACUCCCACAUCCCUCCGAUUCAUCAAAACAACCAGCCGGCGACUCUCCCACUCUCCGGCCACCGCAUUCCUCCCCACUCGCCGCUUCUUCCACAAUCUCCUAAUCAACUCAUUUCACCACUCUCUCCAACUCAAAACACUAAAACCCCAAUUUCAAAACCCUAAAACCCCAAAACAACAAAAACCUAAAACCCUAACCUUCGGAAUGUUCUCUCCGGGCACAAAGAGAGCCAAGCCGCGCCCAACUACACAGCCACCCGAAGCUGCCUCGCCGCACACACCACACCACAUUGCUAACCGCCCUUCCACCGGCACUCCCGCCCCCUGGGCCUCCCGCCUCUCCGUCCUCGCCAGGAUUUCACCAGGGAAGAAAAGUGACAAGGAUGACGAGGAUCCAAAUAAGCCUGUAUAUGUUGGAGAGUUUCCUGAAGUAGUUCGCAAUGAGCAAGCUAAUCUAAUGCACAAGCAGUUGCAUGGUGAUGCAUUUAACUCUGGCGGGAUUGACAAGGCGACAUCCUUGGCAUGGAUUAUUUGUGGAAGCAAAAUUUUUAUAUGGGAGUACUUGGCGUCCGCUAAAUCUAGAAAAUGUGUCGUGCUUGAUAUUCCCUCAACUGUAUCAGAUAUUAGAGGUUCAAGCAUAAAUUCGAGACUUGGGAAUAACUGGUCACUUUGUAUUAUUAUUAGGGAUAGCAUGCAUAAGAGUAGAAGUAAAUCUCUAAAACAGUACAGCUCUGUUGGUGUUAUAUUGUGUCAUCUGAAAAGUCGAGCCGUAGUGUAUUGGGCAAACAUCUAUUCUGAAGGAACAACCUCUCCUGUCACAAGUAUUGACAAUACAGAAGCAAAUUUUUCGCCUGGUCAACAGAAAACGGGUUCAAACUAUUACAACUCUUUUAUUGCUUCUGCUGCCACUUAUCCAUCUAAUGUCUGUCUGGCUCUUGCUUGUAGCUCUAGUGGUGAUAUUUGCCAAUUCAUCUGUAGCCCUAAUGGUAUCGAGCGUAAGGUGGCUAUUCAUAAUGUCUUAGGGUUAUCCCUCCAAGGAAGUGAUAUCAACCAAGUCAACAGAAGUAAGGGAUAUCCGAGGUCAUUAACUUGGCACUUUGCUAAUCAUUCUUUGGAAGAAACCGAAAGACAAUUUCUUUUGUUGACAGACCAUGAGUUACAAUGUUUUACUGUCAACCUUAAUAAUUUUUAUGAAGUUUCAAAGCGCUGGUCGCAUGAAAUAAUUAGCCCUGAUGGUGAUCUAGGUAUUAAGAAGGGUCUGGCUGGUCAGAAGCGAAUUUGGCCUUUGGACCUGCAACUCGACAAUUCUGGAAAAAUAAUUACUGUUCUUAUUGCCACUUUCUGCAAGGAUCGGGUCACCAGUUCAAGUUUCAUAGAGUACUCUCUUCUGACCAUGCAAUAUAAAUCUGGGCCAAGAAUUUCGUCAGAAAGCACUGAGCAAACAGAUGAGAAUGUUUUGGAGAAAAAAGCUCCUCUUCAAGUAAUUAUACCAAAAGCAAGAGUGGAGGAUGAGGAUAUCUUAUUUUUAAUGAGAUUAAAGGUUGGUGGUAAACCGUCUGGGUCUGCAAUCAUACUUUCUGGUGACGGUACUUCUACAGUCUCACAUUACUGGAGAGAUUCCACACGGCUUUAUCAGUUUGAUCUACCCUAUGAUGCUGGGAAAGUUCUUGAUGCUUCAGUCUUGCCUUCAGAUGAUGGUGAUGACGGACCAUGGGUCGUUCUCACUCAGAAAGCUGGAUUAUGGGCAAUUCCUGAAAAGGCGGUUUUGCUUGGAGGUGUUGAACCGCCAGAGCGAAGUUUGUCACGGAAAGGAAGUUCUAAUGAAGGAUCUGCACAAGUGGAAAGGAGAAACUUUCCCUUUUCCGGUAAUAUUGUCCCCAGAAGGGCUACUUCUGAAGCAUGGGAUGCUGGAGACAAACAAAAAGCAGUGUUUACGGGGAUCACACAUAGAACUGCUCAAGAUGAGGAAUCAGAAGCUUUACUGAAUGUUCUUUUCAAUGAUUUUCUUUUAUCAGGUCAGGUUACUGGUGCAUUCGACAAGCUAAAUAGUUCCAGGGCAUUUGAAAGGGAUGGAGAAACAAGUGUUUUCACUAGGCUCAGCAAAUCAAUUGUUGACACCUUAGCCAAGCAUUGGACAACUACUAGAGGUGCUGAGUUCGUGGCUCUAUCUGUUGUUUCCAACCAACUCAUUGAUAAGCAGCAAAAGCAUCAGAAAUUUCUACAGUUCCUUGCAUUAUCAAAAUGCCACGAGGAACUGUGUUCUAAACAGAGACAAUCAUUGCAAUUUAUAAUGGAACAUGGUGAAAAACUUUCUGCUGUGAUUCAUCUGAAGGAGUUGCAGAACAACAUUAGCCACCGCUCAAGUGGACUUGGCGGUACUUACUCUACAAUGGAAAAUAAAGUUUCUGGUCCACUUUGGGAUCUGAUUCAGUUAGUUGGAGAGAAAUUGCGAAGGAAUACUGUCCUCCUGAUGGAUAGGGACAAUGCCGAAGUCUUUUACAGUAAAGUUUCUGAACUUGAAGAAGUAUAUAGUUGCUUAGAUAGACAUCUGGAGUUUAUAAUUACUGAGGAGAUGCAACUACCUGUUCAGUUCGAACGAGCUUGCGAAUUGUCAAAUGCGUGUGUACUCUUAGUUCGCACGGCAUUGAAUUACAGAAAUGAGUAUCACAUGUGGUAUCCAUCUCCUGAGGGUUUGACACCAUGGUAUUGUCGAACUGUUGUACGAAGUGGGCUUUGGAGCAUUGCAUCUUUCCUGCUUCAGAUCUCAAAUGAAUCAAAUCGCCUUGACAGGCCCAAAAGGUUGGAGUUUUAUAGUAACUUAGAAGUUCUGGCUGAAGUGCUACUUGAGGCAUAUUCUGGUGCGAUAACAGCAAAAAUCGAUCUGAAAGAAGACAACUUAGGUCUACUAAAUGAGUAUUGGAGUAGAAGAGACACACUUUUUAGCUCACUUUAUCGGCAAGCAAAAAGUUUUGUUGAACCCAGUUACCAGGAUUUGAGUGAAGGAGAUGAAGAGCAGGGUGAGGAGAUAUUCAGACAGCUGUCUUCUCGUUUAUUGUCAAUUGCUAACCGCCAUGAGGGUUAUCAAACACUGUGGACUAUAUGUUGUGAUCUCAAUGAUUCAGACCUUCUUAGAAGUUAUAUGCAUGAGAGCAUGGGGCCAAAGGGAGGGUUUAGCUACUAUGUUUUUGAGCAACUGUACAAUAAUAAACAAUUUUCCAAGCUAAUUAAACUUGGGGAAGAGUUUCCAGAAGAGUUGCUUACUUUCCUAAAGCUUCAUAAUGACCUCCUCUGGCUUCAUCAGUUGUUCGUUCAUCAAUUUUCCGCUGCCUCUGAAACUCUCCAUAAACUGGCUUUUUCUCAAAAUGCUGGCUUUAGUCCAGAAAGUGAGGUGCUUGAAUCUCAUCAUCCAGUUAUAGAACCUACACUGGCAGACAGGAAACGUUUUCUGAAUCUAUCAAAGAUAGCUGCAUUGGCAGGUAAGUCUGCUGAUUAUGACACAAAGUUAAAGCGGAUUGAAGCUGAUUUGAAGCUUCUGAAAUUGCAGGAAGAAAUAUUAAAACUCCUUCCUGAGAAUGAAGAAACACGGAAGAUUGGAGAGCGGCUUCUUCCUUCACUUGAGCUUAUUCAAUUGUGCCUUGGAAGUCAGCAUCGAGAACUUUCUAUUUGGGCUUUUGAUGUUUUUGCUUGGUCUACAUCAUUUUUCAUUAAAUCCAACGCAAGCCUACUGGAGGAGUGCUGGAGGAAUGCUGCUAAUGAGGAUGAAUGGGGGGAAAUUUAUCAAACUUCUAUGAGUGAAGGCUGGAGUGAGGAAGAAACCCACGAGUAUCUUAAAGAAACUAUCCUUUUCCAAGCUUCUCGGAGGUGCUAUGGACCCAAUGCAGCAACUUUUGAAGGAGGUUUCGAGGAAGUGCUUCCUCUGAGACAAGAGAAUACUGAUUCUUUUUCUUUAAAAGAAACAGGUUCUGUUGAAGCAAUCCUUAUGCAGCACAAGGAUUUUCCUGAAGCAGGGAAGUUGAUGCUGACUGCUAUCAUGCUGGGAACUUUUCAUGCUGAUUUGACGGUGGAAGGGAGUCCUUCUCCAAUGGAGGGAUAGUGAACAGUAAUGAUUAAUAUUUUUGUAAUUUUGUUUAAAUGAAUUACGGUAAUGCCUAUUGUUGUAACUACAGUGACUUGCAAUCAUGAGUUGAGUUUCGAAGAACAAGAUCUCAAAGAUUCAGCCUGUAUUUAUCAUACUAUUCUGGGGGUAGUCAAAGUUAUAUCUAAGUUGUGUACAUGAUGAAAGAAUUCAUAUUCAUUUUGUUAUAUAUUUUUAACUAUUUUUAAGUUACAAUUAUGACGUAAUUUAAAAGAUUUUUCUUUCUA